AUGCAGAGAAACUUGAAUUGGCUGAAUAUUUAUGCUUAUAACUACAAUGCGCGCUCUCAGGCAAACAUUACGCAACCUCGUGCAGCUUUGUAUCAUCCUACGAGCGAGAUUAAUACCGAUUUUGGCAUGAGGGCAUGGAUUGCUAGGGGACUAUCUGCUAAAAAGUUGGUCACGGGGUUGCCUUUCUUUGGCUAUGCGUGGGCGCUUAAGAAUCCCCAGGACAAUGCUAUAGGCGCACUGGCCACUUUUCCAGCCACUGGCCCUGCGAUUUCCACUCAAGGAAUCGUGGCCUACAAAGAUAUCAAACAACUUUAUAUCCAGAGAUAUGGGGUUGCUUUCAUGUAUGAUGCUACAUAUGUGAUGAAUUAUUGCUUAGUUGGAUCAACUUUUAUUAGUUUUGAUGAUGUUGAGGCUAUAAAAAAUAAGGUUUCCUAUGCCAAGGAGAUGGGGCUGCUAGGUUACUAUGCCAUGCAUGUCGCCAACGAUGUCGAUUGGGUGCUUUCUCUAACUGCAGAUUCAGCUCAAACGGUUGAUAUUAACGAGGAUCCUAAGGUUGAGCAUUUUGGUUCCAACAGCUACUAUAUUUAUUCUCCUCGUAGUCUUCUCAACGUGUUAUUUAAGGAAGAGAAGGCUGAAAUCAAAAGUUAUACAGAUAUUGAGAAGGCUACAAAAGGAUUUUCAAUUGAAAAUAAGCUAGGAGAGGGUGGUUUUGGUCCUAUUUACAAGGGUGUAUUAGCAAAUGGACAGGAAAUAACAGUGAAAUUACUUUCCAAAGGCUCUAAACAGGGAUUUGAGGAGUUCAAGAAUGAAGUUAUACUGACAGCAAAACUGCAGCAUGUUAAUCUUGUGAGGGUUUUGGGAUUUUGCGUCGAAAGGGAUGAACAAAUGCUGAUUUAUGAGUACAUGCCUAACAAAAGCUUGGACUUGUACCUCUUUGACCUUACCAGACGAUUGCUUUUGGAUUGGAAUGAACGUGUUCAUAUCAUUGGAGGGAUUACUGAUGGACUUCUGUAUCUCCAAGAAUACUCAAGAUUCACUAUUAUCCAUCGAGACUCAAAAGCUAGCAACAUUUUACUUGACAACAAGAUGAAGCCUAAGAUAUCAGAUUUUGGCAUGGCUAAAAUUUUCACAAAAGAUGAACAUGAAGCAAACACGGGUCGGGUUGUUGGAACGUAUGGUUACAUUCCUCCUGAAUAUAUUAGACGAGGCUUGUACUCUGUUAAAUCCGAUGUCUACAGCUUUGGAGUUCUGCUACUACAGAUCAUAAGUGGCCAGAAGAAUGCGGCCAGUUGUAAUAAUGAUCUGACUGAAAAUUUAACCCUUCUAGAAUAUGCAUAUGACCUGUGGAAAUCUGGAAAAGGCAUGGAGUUCAUGGACCCGUCUUUGGAUGAUACACAUUCAUCAUGCGAAAUUGCUGCUCUUGCAAUCCCAAAAAAGCCAGCAUAUUCAAAAGGAAAUGAAGAUGAGGAAAAGAAAUCUGAAUGGCAGCAAGAAUAUUGUUCCAUCAAUGAUAUAACAAUCUCUGAAAUGCUAGCUCGAUCAUAA